GGGUAUUUUCAUGGUGUGUAAUGGGAUGCGUCGGGUUUGAGCAGCCGACGUGCGCGCGGUUGCACAGAGUGGACCUCUGGAGUCUACAUUUAUAAUGCUUUGUGCUUUUUGGACAGCUGGUUAAGGUAAAUAUGUCGACCAAGGGGAAACAGUAGACUUUAAUCGCGUCAUUCGCUAAUGGUUAUGGGAUUUCUUCACCGUAACUUCCAAUUCAUAAGAGAGCUGUCUCUACCUGGAGAGAGAAGAGUGAAGACAGAUCGACCGCUUCUCCUCUCGAUAGUUUUUUCUUCUUCUUCUCUUCACCCGGAUUAUAUGGCACUAGACGUUGGAAAUAUACUCGAUAGCGGAAGCAGGGAGUUGGAUGCUGUGAUUCCAGGGCUCUUCUCGCUUUGCGAUGGUGUUUAAAAACAAGUUGAACUGAGCCAAAUUUGCAAAGGUCACCCUCAACAAUCUGCCAAUGCUUUGCUUUCACUAUCCUUUGCUUUUAACUGUAAAACUGUAGAGGCUGUUGACUCCAGUGGUUGAGACAUCGGACACCUGGAGAAGAAGGCGAGGAAAGUUUGGAGAGAAUGUCGAGUCGCAGGGUGAAGCAUGAGCUGCCAGUGUACUGAUUUUAGACUGGCGUAUCUGAUGAGUCUAUGGGUGUGUGUUGCACUAAGCCUUCACUGCUGGGUUUCAGCCCCUGUGGCAGCCUCCCAUGAUGCCGCUGGUCCAUUUGGGUGGCUCCUUUCAGAUAAAGGGCCUUUUCAUCACUCACAGGAAUUUGCAGAAUUUGUGGAGCGUUAUCAACAGGGCUUCACAACCAAAUAUAAGAUUUACAGAGAGUUUGGGCGCUGGAAGGUGAACAGCCUGGCUCUGGAGAGAGAGGACAAUGGCGUGGCUCUACCCCUCGAUCCAGAGUUCAUGCAGACCAUCAGACAGUUGGGCCGCAGACCCACUCUCAGUGCCAUUACCGAGAACAUCAUCAGGAAAUAUGGCACACACUUUCUGCUCUCAGCUACACUCGGAGGUGAGGAGGCGUUGACUAUAUUUGUGGACAAGCGGAGGCUAAGCCGGACGGCAGACCUUACUGACUCAAAUGGCACGGCUGUGACUCUGGAGGCCCUGCACCAGCUGGCUGCCUCCUACUUCAUAGACAGAGAGAGCACUCUGCGCAGACUACACCACCUCCAGAUUGCUUCCACUGCUAUCAAGGUGACCGAAACAAGGACAGGCCCUCUUGGAUGCAGUAACUAUGACAACCUCGAUUCUGUCAGUUCCGUUUUGGUCCAGAGUCCUGAAAACAAGAUUCAUCUACAAGGGCUUCAGGCCAUUCUGCCAGAAUACCUAAGGAGCAGAUUUGUGGAGGCAGCUCUCAGUUAUAUUGGCUGCCACUCUGAGGGCGAGUUUGUGUGCCGGGAUAAUGACUGCUGGUGCAAAUGCAGUGGUGAUUAUCCCCAGUGCAACUGUCCCAGUGAAGACCUGAAGGCAAUGCAGGACAGUCUGAAACUCAUCAGAGAGUCAUGGAUGCAAGCCAACCAAGAGUUUGAAGAGUCUGAGGACUUCCAAAAUUUUGUGAGGAGAUUACCAACAUUCUAUGCUCUGAACACAUCUGCUGUGCAGUACUUUUGGAAGAUGGACCCUGGCGUUCAGCAGCGCUUUCAGCUGCUGGAGACUAGCACUCAGCAGCUGCUCAGCAAAGCGCAGCGGAUUGUCGGCAAACUCUUCAAACUCAGCAAAAGGUGUCGGACUCAGCCCAAAAUAUCUGUGCCCAGGGAGAGGCCUCACAACUACUGGCUUAGGUAUAUCCUCUCCAUCAUGUACUGCAGUGAGAACAAACAGAUAGGCUCCUACAUGGAGGAAACGCGGACCUGCUCCUGUCAUUAUGAGCACCCAUCCUGCCAGGGCAUUAUCCCGUGCUACGUAGGCGAUGGUCCUCACUGCGCCUCCUGCUCCUACGAGAACCGCUCUCGCUGUGCCAGCUGCAAUCCCGGCUACAUGCUGAGCCAAGGGUCCUGUAGGAAUACCAUACCGGAUUCUACUGACAACUACAUCGGGUUCGAGACGGACCUUCAGGACAUGGAGCUGCGCUACCUGCUUCAAAAGAAGGACGGGCGGAUCAGUAUUCAUGCCAUGUUCAUAAGCAAUGAUGUCAGACUCAACAACUGGUUCGAUCCCAGCUGGAGGAAGAGGAUGCUGUUGACACUGAAGAGCAACAAGUUCAAAUCGAACCAUGUCCACAUGCUCCUAGGGAUCUCCCUGCAGAUAUGCCUUACUAAAAACAGCACCCUGGAACCCGUGCUGUCCGUCUACAUCAAUCCAUUUGGAGGUAGUCAUUCUGAGAGCUGGAUCAUGCCAAUUGACCAGAACAGUUACCCUGACUGGGAAAGGACCAAGUUAGACAUCCCGCUUGACUGUUAUAACUGGACCCUGUCUCUGGGUAACAAGUGGAAGACCUUUUUUGAGACGGUACACAUUUACCUGAGGAGCCGUGUCAAAACGGCAUCAGUUCAGGGGAACGGCAGCGUCCAUUUCGAGCCAUUGGAAUACAUGGACUCUUCUCGUAACCUGGGCUACAUGAAAAUUAACAGUAUGCAGGUGUUCGGAUAUAGUAUGCACUUUGAUCCAGAUGCCAUUCAGGACUUGAUCCUGCAGCUGGACUAUCCGUACACGCAGGGCUCGCAGGACUCGGCCUUGCUCCAGCUGCUGGAGAUCCGAGACCGGGUCAACCGUCUCUCUCCACCAGGCCAACAACCUCUGGACCUGUUUGCCUGCUUAUUACGCCACCGUCUCAAACUCUCUACCGCUGAUGUUGUCCGAAUCCAGACUGCUCUUCAGGCCUUCAGCUCCAAGCAGCCCAACUCAAUGGAGUAUGAAACUACCAAACUAUGUAGCUAAUAAGGCACUGCUAGGUAGCAGUUUGUUUGUAGCUAUUUCAGUAACUAUAGUUAAAUGGCCUGAUAUACUUUUAGAAAAGAAUAUAUAUAUAUAUAAUUAUAUAUAUUGAAAAACUGCUGGGAUACAGUGUUGAUGGUGAUGCAACAGUUGGUUUGUUUGAGCCACUGAUGUAAUGGGCCACUUCAGAAGGAUGGCCAAAUCCAUUGCCUUUUUGUUUCUUAACUGCAAUGAUGACUUACGAUAACUCAUGCUUUUCCACUGCAUGAUAUGGCACGGUAUGGUUCCCUUUUGGGGGAUUUUCCACUGAGUACAGUACCUGAUACGUUCAAUCUUCCUCUCGUUGAUUUCAAAGGAGCGGAUCCAGUGAGAGCUUGAUGGAACGACGCAGAAUGAAAAUGUUUUUCGCGAGUUGCGGCAGUAGAGGAGUCGCAACAAUGGACAUGUGGAUAAUCCCGCCCACUCUAAAUCAGUACUAAACUGCAGUGGAAAUGCAAAACAAGUCAUGUGGUACUGCACUGAGCCGUAGCGAGCCGAGCCAUACCACGCAGUGGAAAAGCACCAAUAGUCUGAUGGCCUCAUUUCAGUUUCAUGGCACACUGUAGAAUUUAGCAUCAGCCUCAGUGCUGAUAAACGAUGUGUGCGGUAGGACUUGUCCAGGAACAGACUCUUGAUUUUUAAAGUGACUUUUAUUUUCACCUCUUUAUUCUCUUUAAGUAUAACAGAGGCAGCAAACACAUGGUGAGCCAAACCUUGUUAGUGUAAUCAGGGGUUCCUGCUGUGUCUGGGCAGAAUUCUGACUUUAAAAAAUAAACAUUUUGCCUUUUCUAUGCUGUCUGUCAACACUGUAACUCUCAAAAAUGUCAGUAUCCUAAUCAACAAUAGAUGGUUUUAUUGAUGCUUAAAACAUUCUUUUUACGGUGUUUGUUGAAAUAUGAAUGUAGGAGGAAAGCUGUUUAAAAAUCACAAUGCCAUAAGCAAGGUACUUAUUAUAUAUGCUGUUUCAUGUACAUUUAUUUUUAUAAAAUCUAUUAUUUGUGACAAGUUACAAAGGUAAUGUCCAUAAAUUGUAUAGAACAUGAAUUUGUUAAUACUCUAAAUAAAAGUCA